UUCGUCGCUGUGUGAUGACGUAUUGUACUUCAGCGAGUGACCGUGAGCUCUUUGACAUGUUGGAAGAGUGCGGUCAGUAAAAUGAUGAAUAUAGCAGCGAUAGUGCAGAGCCUGAGAUGCUCUUUGCUACACAUUGAGAGCAGACUCUUACAGGUGGCGGGACUAGACGGACAGCUGGUAGCUCCAGCGCUGGCGGUGAAUGGACCCAGUCUCCUGCCUCAGCUGAACAGGGAGGAAGAGCUGGAGGAGCAGCAGAGCCUGGAGCAGCCUCCUGGCGUCCUCGAUGGGAUCCUGUGGAUGGCAGUGCCCAAGAAGAGACGCACCAUAGAGGUCAACCGCACCAGGAGGAGAGCUCAAGAGAAACUCCUGAAAGUCAAGAACAACAUCGAGCCGUGUCCAGAGUGCGGCCACUUGAAGCAGAAACACAUCAUGUGUGGCUUCUGUUACGCUAAGGUGCGCAAGGAGACCGGUCUGAUUCGUCAACAGAUGCAAGCGAUGGAUGGCGGUCCCCUGAAGGCCCCGGCUGUGGAGACUGUCAUCCUGUAUGAGGGAGAGACUCCCAGCCAGCUGGACAAAGACAAGAGGAUUGUGGAGAGGCCCAGGAAGAGGCCAGCCUGGUUCACCUAAGGAUGCUGAAAUAUUAAAGCUGUGUGCGUGGCUAACUCAGGUCUAGUCACAAACGCACUGAUGCUUUAUUUUAUAUUUUGUACAGUCUGAUGUUCAGUAAAUGAACAAGUUUGUUGUGUCGGCUUUGUUCCAACAAAAUAUUGGGGAUUGUUCGAUCAGCACUGAUACUGAUGGCACAUCAGACAUAUGUCUUCACUUACCUCUGUGAACAUACUGUAUUAUAUCAUUGAUGUUUGGCGAGAAAAGACUAAAGGUUUAGGUUUUUGGUAUCAGACAUCAGAGAAAGUAAUUGUGUAAUAUUUAACAGUCUCACAAUAAAUUUGAUAAAACCUUC